CGUGUCUCUCCGCUCGCUUGAUCCUUUAAAUCCAACAGAAUCCCAGAAGGUAUAAGAACCAAUUUCUAAGCGAAUAAAGUUCAAUCAAGCUUCAGAGAGAGAAUUUAGAGGCAAACCAAGGGGUCUUUGACCUGAAGAGAACCCAAAACGGAAAGUGGGGCAGAGAUCCGGGGUUUAGCGUCGGCGAGAGCUUCAAAAAGGUUCCGACAUCGUCAAAUUCGAUUUCACCAAGACCAUUCAAUACCACCUACGAAAUGAGCGGAUUUGGAGCGCCGGGCGGUCGCCCGGUAAAUAGUAAACCUACUCCACCCGAGCGAGGAAGCUUUCCUCUCGAUCACGAUGGAGAAUGCAAAGAUGUCAUGAUUGGCUAUCUAUCGUGCAUCAAGAAGUCGAAGGGCAUGAACGACGACGAGUGCAGGAAUUUGGCGAAAUCAUAUUUGGGCUGUAGAAUGGACAGGAAUCUCAUGGCCAAGGACGAAUUCAAAAAUCUGGGAUUUGGUGACGGCAAACCGGCGGCUGAGCUUAAAAAGGAAGGGGAUGAGAAAGGGAAGAAGGGUGAGCUGCGGUGGUAGAGACUUGGAGCACAUACCGGCCUAUUUUUCUGGCAUGUAGAAGGCGUUCGGUUGGGUAUUGUGGAGUUCCGGGGGGUUAACAGGACACUCCAAAGAUUGCUCCUUAAAACUAAUACUUUGACAGCCCAAAAAGAAAAUGUACAUUUAGUUUAAGGGUCAUCCUAAUAUCUACACUAAACGUUCCAGAAAUCAAC